CCGAAUCCGCCAUGAGAAACCGCGAGCCGUACGUUGAUGUUCGUUUGCUCGCCGCGCUCGAUUCAACCACUCGUUCUCUGCCCGAUGCCUCGUUUCUCUAAGCUCUACCUCAUCUCCUACAACUCCCUCCUCUUCUUGGGAUGGGCAAUUGCUCUUUCUAGGCUUCUGGGAAGCUUCAUUGCUACCAAGUCCGUCAAUGGAGCCUACGCAGCAGCGGGAGAGCUUAUCUGUUGGCUGCAAACGGUUGCGUUCUUGGAAGUCAUACAUUCGGCUGUUGGUCUGGUUCCAAGUGGGGUGAUGCUUGUGCUGAUGCAAUGGGGAGGACGAACUCACUUCCUGCUGGCCAUUGUUAGCCAAAUCACCGAGCUUCAGGAUCUCCCAUCUGUUUUUAUUACAUUUCUUGCAUGGAGUUUAUCUGAGGUGAUCCGCUACUCCCACUAUGCUUCAAGUUCUCUGGAACUCUGUCCAUCAUGGCUAACAUACAUCAGGUAUACUGCUUUCAUCCUCUUGUAUCCUAUAGGGGUUGGUCCCGGAGAAAUGUGGCUUAUGUACAAAGCUCUUCCAUUUAUAAAGGAAAGAAACCUUUACAAAAGCUUUUUCGACAGCCUUCCCUUCAGCUACCACUCUUUUGUUGUGGUUGUGCUUGCCCUCUAUCCAUUCCUGUGGUUAAGGCUGUAUCUGCAUCUGUUUAAGCAACGGCGAUCAAAACUAGGAAAGCUGCAAACAAAGAAAAAAGACUGAUUAUUUGAUAUAAAUGAAUGUUCUUAUCAUUCAUUCUGUAUUAUCUGAUUGUGUUGCUGACCAAUGUGCGUUCCAAAUAUCAUUGCUUAUUCAUUUGGCGUGCUUAUGUAUUUAUAUGAACCAACCGUUAAAGGACAUAAAAGUUCAUAAUAAGUUCAUAUAUA